GCUAGGCCGGAACCGCUGGUGGGAGGCAGCCUCCUGAGAUCAUCAGGCCACCUCUGGACUGGCGGGUGCAGGGCCUGGUCCCAGAGUUCAGGGUGGAAGUCGUUUGGAAAUCCCAGCGCCAACAGGACCUUUUGGCAGCCGAGGCUGGAAGCAGCGGAACGAAAGGCAGACGGUCGUCAGUUGCUGGGGCGGACGUGGACCCAAGCUGUCCGUCCUUGCAAGUUUCCCCCAGGAUUAGGACCCAGACGUACGGCAAAUUCAGGUUCGCCGGCACCGUAGUGGUAGUCACUGGCCCAAGUUGGAGGCCAACUGAGAAGUCUUCGUGCCUCAGGUGAGGAGAAGGUGACCGAGUCUCGGGAACUCUUUUUGGAAACCACCAAACCUUUGGGAGUACUCUCAUGGGUCGCUGGAUUCGCCCGGAGCAAAGGAUAUAUACGCCCCUGUAGCCGCUCUCUUCAACACGCCUUCAACCUGAGUUUGGAAGUUUCCGAAUAGUUUUUCCUCGUAAGAGGAUUUGUUGACCUACAGAAUGCUUCGGUAUCCAUAUUUUUGUAGAACGUAUAAAGAAUAUCUUAAAUGUUGGUUGGAAUCUGGCAUACCUAAUUUAGCUGUCUGGCCAAAAAGAAUACAUACUACAGUAGAAAAAUAUAAAGAAUAUGAAGCCCAUGAGCAAACAGAUCAAACUCAAGCCCAGGAGUUACGUAGAUCUCAAGACAGAAAUUUUGACACUAUGGUUAAAUUACAUAUUCCAGUAAUGGUGGAUGAAGUUGUUCAUUGUUUGUCACCGCAAAAAGGACAGAUUUUUCUAGAUAUGACAUUUGGUUCGGGAGGACACACAAAAGCCAUUCUACAGAAGGAGUCAGAUAUUGUCCUGUAUGCCUUGGACAGAGACCCUACUGCUUAUGUAUUAGCUGAACAUCUUUCAGAGUUGUAUCCUAAACAAAUCCGAGCUAUGCUGGGCCGGUUCAGCCAGGCAGAAACCUUAUUAAUGAAAGCUGAAGUGCAGCCAGGGACUUUUGAUGGAGUUCUUAUGGAUCUUGGGUGUUCCUCCAUGCAACUUGAUACUUCUGAAAGAGGUUUUUCCCUUCGGAAAGACGGCCCCUUGGACAUGAGGAUGGAUGGUGACAGGUACCCUGACAUGCCCACUGCUGCUGAUGUUGUGAAUGCUUUAGAUCAACAGGCACUUGCAUCUAUCCUAAGAGCAUAUGGGGAGGAGAAGCAUGCCAAGAAAAUCGCUUCAGCAAUUGUUCAGGCACGCAGCAUCUACCCCAUUACCAGAACCCAGCAGCUUGCCAGCAUCGUUGCAGGUGCAUUUUCUCCCUCUGCCAUUUAUGCACGAAAAGACUUGCUACAGCGAUCGACUCAUAUUGCUACCAAGACUUUCCAGGCUCUUCGCAUAUUUGUAAACAAUGAGCUCAAUGAACUCCACACAGGACUGAAGACAGCUCAGAAGUUUCUGAGACCUGGUGGUCGUCUUGUUGCCCUCUCCUUCCAUUCACUAGAGGAUCGCAUCGUCAAAAGAUUUUUGCUUGGAAUAAGCAUGACAGAAAGGUUUAACCUAAGUGUUAGACAGCAAGUGAUGAAAGCAUCGCAAUUAGGUUCAGAUCACGAAAACAUAGAAGUCUCUAUGAGAAGAGCUCCUUUAAUGUGGGAAUUGAUACACAAGAAGGUACUUAGUCCACAAUCUCAGGAUGUACAAGAUAACCCCAGAGGGCGCUCAGCCAAGCUUAGAGCAGCUAUCAAAUUAUAAGUUACCAUCAUCUUACUGAAUUUUUUAUCUCAUAAUUUCUUUAAUCUUUACUCAUGUUAUGUUCCUAAAUGUCUUGAUAAAGGUUUAAGUGUGAGGCAGUCUGAAAACUGAUAGCAUUUAGCGUUUUUUUUUCCCUCAAAAAGAAACUGUAGGAAAUAUUAGCAUGACAGAGAAAGUUCUACUCAGGGAGCAGCAGCAUCUCAAAACUGGAAACCUGUUAAUCUUUGCAUCAUAUUGGACACUUCCUCUGGCCAGGAAAUUUUUUUAAAAAUAAUACUAUGUUGUGUUUAUCUAAAUAUGUAAACGCAAGCUGUCAAAGAUAGAUAAUCAUACCUACAUGUCCUAAAUUUUGAAUUUAGAUAUUCCAAUUUGCAACAGUCUUUCUCUGGCUCAAAUAAUGAUGAUUAUGGAAUGGACUUUUAAUGUCCCUACUUGUGAAUAAUUAUUAUAACUUUCUCAAAUGUAGGCUUUUUACAGAUUUAAAAUUUUUAAAUAUUAGUUUAUGUGUAAUACUGCUAAAAUUUCAUUUUUCAAAUUAUAGUCUAUUAUUUUAAAGGGAUUUUUCAGUAUGAUAUGGGCCAUUUUGUUCAUAUACUCCAAAAUAAAAAUGUAAAAUCCUUACAGAGAAUUGUUUCACAAAAUUUAUAUUUCAUGUCAAUUGUAUUUUAAUAAUAGCUCACAGUGCCUUUAGUAAGUAAUAAAGUCUCUUAUUAGAAUCUUGUAUUUUUCAUUUGAGCUAAUCAAAGUAAUUCAGCCAAGUCUAUUUGAAAUAGAAAACUAUUUAAUAUAGUAAAAUCAGUGUUCCCUUAAUGUUGUUUACAAAGAUAUGGUAACUAUAAUAAGUGUAAAAGCUUAUUCAGGAAAAGAGUAUUUGGUAGAAGAGUCUUUAACAAAUUGAUGAGAUUGAUUCAUAAUUCACAUGUCCACUUCUUAUAUGUAAUAUGUCUUUCUAAUUUAUUCAGUUAUUCAGCAACUACUGAACUUGUUUAGAAAAGCAAAGGUAAGUACAAUAUACAUGGCCCACAGUACAUGUCCUAUAGAGUUUAGUAGAGGAAAAUUGUUAGUUAUAAUCACAAAAGUCAAUAUAAAAUGGACACUGUGGUAAAUACUACAAACAAAUCAUAAAUGGUACUGUAAGACCAUUUAGUAAGUAUUUUAUCUGUUGUCAGAAACCAGGUAUGAGAACAUGAUACUUGACUUGUGACCUGAAAGAUGAGUUGGAGAUAAUUUGUCAAAGGGUACAUGGGGUAAAGAAGGGGACAUGUUGAUUAACAGUACAUAUAAAUAAAUAUUAUCUUAAAUAGUUAACCUUGAAAUCAUAUUUAUACUAUUAAUUUGCUCAGUAAACUUUUUUCAAAUACAGGGAAAAGAUUCUCCAUUAUGAUUACAAAUUUUAAGUUGGUGAAUCCAAGUGAAUGAAAUAUCAGCAUAACUGUAUGGACAAAAUAGAUAAGAAUUAAAUACAUGAAUUUACCUCAGUCUUAUUUUAUCUACCUUGUAAUAUUUAACUUUAGUAACCAAGCUUGUUUACUACUUCUAUUUUAAAGGCUUUAUUUAAAUCUGAAUAAUCCUCACAAGGAAAUCAGAAUUAGAAAAAAAAAAAAUCUGGAGAACAAUAUGCUUGAAAUAGAAACAAGAGAAUGCACCUAGGUUAAUUCCCUGAAUCCUACUUGAACAAUGUAUAAAUUUUUUUGGAUGUAACACAUAUUUGUUAAUGAAACAUAUUCCCAAAAAAUUCUUAUUCCUGUAUGUGAUUGGAAAAUGAAAGAUCACAUUUAUAUAUUCAACAAUCAUUCACCUAUUUCAUAAGUCAUUUUUUCAUCCUGUAUAGUAUAGGACUUAUUUUUUAUGUUAAAUAGAAACUGAAUGCACUGGGUUGAACAGUGUUCCCCCAAAAUUCAUGUACUUCCUAGAGCCUCAGAAUGUGACCUUAUUUGGAAAUACUGUGAUUGCGGUUAAGUAGCUAAGAUGAGAUUAUGCUGGAGCAGGGCAGACCCUUAAUCCAAUAUGACUGGUGUUCCUCAUAAGAGAAGAUAGGGCGGGCAUGGUGGCUAACGCCUGUAAUCCCAGUACUUUGGG